GACGAUCUGCGAAACGUCAAAGCAAGAUGGCGAAUUGUCAAUAGUCGUGUUUCGACAGUCUCUGUUAUUAUUGUCAAAGUUCCGAAGUUUCGAUCGUGUUAUUACAUUGAGCGUGUUAAUUGAUUGAUUAAUUUGCCGAUCGCGAUUCGAGAGAAACACGUGGACUAUGUGGCGCGAACUCUGGCUACGCGCUUCCUUGACGUGCGCGAUCGGCGCUUGCUCGGUUAUCGGCGACUUUGGACUCAAGUACGGUAAGAACGAGUCGGAGCGUGCGCUGUUUGACAAUUUGACGCACGCGACAGUCGGCGGCCUCACGUGGACGUUAAUCGUUGUUCUGUCACGGAAGUUCUUCAUCCGGAACAUGGGCAGCAUAUUCUCCUGCUUCCUACUGGCGUCCUUCAUCGACCUGGAUCACUUUAUCGCAGCCCGCAGUUGGCAUAUUCAUGAUGCUACGCAUUUGCAGAAGCGGCCGUUCUUGCAUUGUACUACGAUUCCUAUUAUACUGUGGAUAGUUUUGAUUUUCCUAUCUAAUACUUUCCACUCUCCUAUAUUGGAACAUACUUCCUGGAUAAUAUUGGCUUCCUUCCUAAGUCAUCACAUUCGAGAUGGUACAAGAAGAGGUUUGUGGUUCUAUCCCUUCGGAUCUACCCGUCCUAUUCCCUACUAUCUAUACGUGAGUCUUUGUAUGUUCCUUCCUUAUAUAUUAUAUUGGCUCAUGAGCCUGCGUACAUUUGCACAAAAGAGUGCUGACCAUUAUACUCUCGUCGAUGUAUGAGACUUGCUACAUAACAUUAUACCCAGAAAGUACAAACAAAAACCCAAUACGUUUUUCAACUACAUAUACGAGAAUUAUCGAUUAAUGCUUAAUCAUAAAUUAAAAAUAAUAGUAGUUAUAUAUCUAUAUAUGGAUCUUGAAUAUACAUUGAAAUGAAAUUUAUAUGUAUAUACAUAUAGCGAAAUUUUUAUAAUUUUUGAAUUAGAAAUGACUGUGAAAAUUAGGUUCUCUGAGAAAAAUAGAUAUUCUAAUUUUUUUUAGAAUUAAUAUAAAGUGAUAUCUAUUGCAUAUGAUAGAAUUUAAUUUUAAUUUUAAUCACAUACAUAAUUUUAUUUGACAUAACAAAAACAUUUACAGUUAUAGAUUAUCAUAAAUCUUUUCAGUUGUUUUUUUCAAAUAUGUGUGGUCAAUAAUU